AUGGGGCACCCGCGCCCAAUCUCCUGCGAGCAAAUCGGCGACCUCACUUACUACAGAGAAAUCGAGCGAUUCCAGCGUCGAAGCGGAAGCCAACGAGACCACCUCGAGACCGAGAGACAAGAACAACGCCGGCGCGAAGAACGUGAAGAACACCGCCGCACCCACCAGGCUCGCCAGGGACAACGUCACGCCGCCCAGCAGCAACGAGAAGGAGAACAAGAACAAGAACAAGAACAAGAAGAACAACGUCGCGCCGCCAGGCAGCUACGAGAGCAAGAAGGAGAACAAGAAGCCCAGCCGGCUCCUACCAUCCGGUGGCUCCCGCCACGGCACCAAGACGUCGAAACCCAACAGCAGCAGAGUCGAGGACAAGUGACUGCAGAUUUCAACCAUCGUCAACACAUUGCCCAACGAGGUCAGGACGAACCUUGGCAGAUACUUCAGGCAAGCGCUGCACAAAAUCAACAAGGACCUUCAGGCUUAGUGAGAAGCUUGAGGGAUGUUUCCGUGCUCUCUAGCUUUGAGUUGCAUUGUGCCCGUGUGAGAGCCGCAAGACGCGACUUCCAGUCACGGGAGGACACAGUUCCUGCAAAGAGGUCAGAAUUGGCAGCUCGCAGAGAGGCUGUGAGAGUCGGAGAAACCGCAAGGGACAACCAAUUGAACGAUGAGGUCAAUAUCAUCGCGACUCAAACCCGCAUAUCCAAUAAUAUCCCUGAUGCUCGAAGUCUUGUGCCUCCUCAGGGUCAGCAGCCCAGUAUCCAAUCACCGGCAACGAUAGCUCCCUCUCAAGACCAGACAACAUCCCCAACUAUACCAAACCCACCGACAGCCGACCCCGAGCCGCGAUUAGAACCACGCCGCAAUCGAAGCCUGCUGUCCCUCGAAGAGCUGGCUUGUUUGCCUGGACCGAGAUACAUCCCCGGAGAACGACUCUACCCCGCCCCCGACAUAGAAGAGUCCCAACUGCCUCCGAUGAACCUCUACCGCCUUCCUUCGUACCGAACCUGGGAGACAAUUGUAGACGUUCGACAGACAUUGCCUGACAACGUGGAGGAACAGGUUAGACACGCCGCCCAUGAACGGGAGCACCUGCGGGUACUUCUUCAAUCGUUGAUUAGUAGACUCGAUGGGAGGAGGGAACCACGCCGAUAAUGCUCUGGAGGAGGAGAGUGUUGGCUGAUGUGGCGGGCAGACAAAUGGUUAUGUAGAGGGGUGGACGCUGGAUAGUAAAGGAGGGAGUGAUAUCAGGUGGACAAAAGCAAUGAUUUUAAUGACUGGCUUGGUCUUUUGUGAAGUGUUGUGAAGUCGAUGAGAAGGUGGAAGCAGGAAUGACCUUGUGUUUGAUGUGCGUACAGAAGGGCACCAUUUCUGGUCUUGGCAUCGAAACUUGGCCCAACCCUGUAAAUCUCCAGGUGCUUUACAAUGUCAAUGUGUCAUAACCUACAAUAAAAACUUCCAUGAAA